AUGCCAAAGAAACAGAAAGAGCACUCCUCAGGACGACACAAGUCGUCGCGAUCCAUUGAAAGGUCUUCUCGUCAAUCGAAAGCACGAGAGGUCGAUGAAGAGCCUUCCGAAUCGUCAUAUGCAUCCUACAUUGAGAAGAGCGAGAGAAGCAACAAGAGAUCUUCUAGCAGAAGGUCGAAAGCACGAGAAGCCGAUGAAGAGCCUUCCGAAUCAUCGCACACAUCCUACUUUGAGAAGAGCGAGAGAAGCACUGGGUCCCAUCAUAGAUCUACUCAUGGGUCAAGAUCGCCCAAGAAAGACUCUGGGAGAUCCUCUCGUAGGUCUUCUUCUUCUAGAAGAUCGAAAACACGAGAAACUGAAUGCGAUCCUUCCGAAUCGUCCUACAUUGAGAAGAGCGAGAGAAGCACUGGAAGUACUCGGGAGCUUCGUAGUGAACCCAAACAAAGAUCACCAAAGAAAAGCCCUGGCGAUCGUAGAAAGGAACAAAGCGCCGCGAGGGCAAGCAAACCUGGUGCUAUUCCUGAUUUGAACGCAACCAACAAUUCGGGUGAUCGUAGAAAGGAGCGAAGCGCCGAGAAGGCAUCCAAACCUGGAGCUCUGCCUGAGAAUGAUGGCAGUGUUCCUGCAGAUCGAAAGAAGGGGCGAAGGUCUACCCGAUCUUCGAAUCCAGCAGUUGUUCCCGAGGAUCGGAUGACUCAUCGCGAGCGAAGAAAAGAAGAAAGAGCUUCUAGGUCGUCGAAUCAGGCACGAACAGUUUCCAUGACUGGAGGCAUGCUGGAGGCAGCAACCGUGGAUGAUGACCCAGAAGGACAACAAGUGCAGCUGGUGAGACGCGAAUUUGAAGAAGAAAUUGAACAGCUCAACCAGCGACUUUAUGCUGAAAGAGCAGAAAGAGAAGCAAACGAAGACGCACAGCAAGAAGCGCUGCAACAGGAGAGAACGAAACGAAGAAAACGGAAUAUCCUCGUUGUUAUGGUCUGUGUAGUUGUUCUGAUUGCCGCCGGAGUCGGUGCGUUCUUUGCUCUCAACAAGUCUGAAACCACCGAAGACUCUAAGGCUGCAAAUAGUAACACUGAAGAUCCGACUACAGCACCAUCAUCUGCUGCUAACGAUGGCACCUCUGCUAUAUCAAGCACACCUACCAGCGCUGUUUCCAAUAGUCCCACCGUGACUCAGCUAUACGAUCCACCAAGUGAAGACGUCUGCCUUGCCAUCUCCCGGAAUGAAACAAUCACUGGGCAGGUGGACUUGGAUCAAAGGGAGUUUGACAUGGCGUUCGAUGUCACAUUGGAAACAGAUGGCGAUAUCACUGUGCAAGAAGUCCAGACACUUUUGGAAGCCAUCCAAACCAGGCUCUUGCCUCCUUUGGCUGGGUGUUCCAGUCAGACCGUCAAUCGUCGCCGACUUCAAACAGCGAACGAACAGUCUAUGAUCAGAGUGGUUGUCGCACAGAAGAGACAAAGACAACUUGCCAUUGGGGAGAAUCGUUAUGUGAUAUUCAAUGUAUUUGUCACGGGUCGAGAGGAUCCCGAUGUGGUCUGUACCAACACACAAGACUCGAACCUAUGUCACAGAAUUGUGGUGAAAGUAACUGCAAUUUUUAAAGGGUCGGUCCCGCUGACAGAUAUUGUCGUUCUGACCUCUGAACAAGUGACUGAAAAACUGAAGGAUGAAGAACAGCACGAUGGCAACCUGAAAGAUCCAUUGGGAUUGGGCAAUCCGUUCUCUGAGGUACAGUUGAUCAACAUUGAUAAUCAAUCAGCAACAGCGGCACCAGUGGUAGGGGCAACUUGGAAUCCUACUCAAAUGCCAGCACAAGCCCCAAGCUCUCCACCAUCAAUGGUCACGCCAGUUCCGUCAGUGAACCCUUCCAUUGCUCCUGUGACUGGUCCAACACCACCUCCAUCGGCACUUCCAAGCGCCGUGCCAUCCGAUCCGCCAAGUGUACGUCCGUCAUAUUUACCCUCUUCAUCACCUACCGUGGCUCCAGUCGUGGGCCCGACUCUUUUGCCCUCAAGUGCGCCUUCAAAAGUCCCAUCCAGAGUACCUAGUUUGUCUCCUUCAGCUCUCGCAAGCAAAGUUCCAUCUGCCAAUCCAUCAAUUGGACCAAGCAUUGCACCAUCUGCCAAUCCAUCAAAGCUACCUAGCAUGAAUCCCUCGUUGAAGCCAUCAAUCAAACCAAGCAUGGUUGCAUCUGCCAUUCCAUCAACGAAACCGAGCAUGGUUUCAUCUGUCGCCCCAUCUAUCAGACCUUCGCAAACGCCCACAGUAUACUACCAAUGCUUUCAAAGCAAUAGUGAACUUAGUACAGAAGUCAACAACUGGUUUGGUACAGGAUUGCAAAAGACAUCAGUAGAAAACACCUAUGGCUCUAUCGGAAGCUGGUGUUUUGACAAAGGUGUGACCAGUAUGAGUUCCCUCUUCCUAUUUAGGUCUACUUUCAAUGAAGACUUGUCGUCAUGGGAUGUUUCUUCUGUGACAAAUAUGCAGCAAAUGUUCCAAGUGGCACGAUCCUUCAAUCAAGACUUAUCAUCCUGGAAUGUUUCUUCGGUCACCGAUAUGUGGGCAAUGUUCUGGGGCGCAUCAUCCUUCAACCAAGACUUGUCAUCUUGGGAUGUUUCUUCCGUAACAGACAUGCAGGUAAUGUUUGACGGUGUGUCAUCAUUCAAUCAAGACUUGUCAUCUUGGGAUGUUUCUUCCGUGACAAAUAUGCAGCAAAUGUUCAAACGUGCUGAAUCCUUCAAUCAAGACUUGUCAUCCUGGGAUGUUUCUUCUGUGACAGAUAUGAGCGAAAUGUUUUACGCAGCAACAGCUUUUGAUCAAGAAUUGUUAUCCUGGAAUGUUUCUUCUGUGACAAACAUGGCUUCGAUGUUUGAGAGUGCAUCAUCCUUCAAUCAAGAUUUGUCAUCCUGGGAUGUUUCUUUUGUCACAUCAAUGUGGGCAAUGUUCUACAGGGCAGAAUCAUUCAACCAAGACUUGUCAUCUUGGGAUGUUUCUUCGGUCACUGAUAUGGAUGUCUUGUUCUACCAAGCAACUUCCUUUGAUCAGAAUCUUUGCGUGUGGGGCUCUCGCCUGGCCAGCAAUGCCAAAGUUGAGGGCGCGUUCGAGGCAUCCAGCUGCCCAACAAAGUCUGAUCCAGACCUCUCUGUGAAUCCACGAGGUCCAUUCUGUCACGUUUGCUUGUAG